AUGGUCCGCUUCGGGGACGAGCUGGGCGGCCGCUAUGGGGGCGCCGGCGGCGGCGAGCGGGCCCGGGGCGGCGGGGCCAGCGGGGCGGGCGGCCCCGGCCCGGGGGGUCUGCAGCCGGGCCAGAGGGUCCUCUACAAGCAGUCGAUCGCGCAGCGCGCGCGGACCAUGGCGCUCUACAACCCCAUCCCGGUCAAGCAGAACUGCUUCACCGUCAACCGCUCGCUCUUCGUCUUCAGCGAGGACAACGUCGUCCGCAAAUACGCCAAGCGCAUCACCGAGUGGCCUCCGUUUGAGUACAUGAUUCUGGCCACCAUCAUCGCCAACUGCAUCGUGCUGGCCCUGGAGCAGCACCUCCCUGAUGGAGACAAGACGCCCAUGUCCGAGCGGCUGGACGACACGGAGCCCUAUUUCAUCGGCAUUUUCUGCUUCGAGGCCGGGAUCAAGAUCAUCGCGCUGGGCUUCGUCCUGCACAAGGGUUCCUACCUGCGGAACGGCUGGAACGUCAUGGACUUUGUGGUGGUCCUCACAGGGAUCCUUGCCACAGCUGGCACUGACUUUGACCUGCGGACCCUGCGGGCCGUGCGGGUGCUGAGGCCCCUGAAGCUGGUGUCUGGGAUUCCAAGUUUGCAGGUGGUGCUCAAGUCCAUCAUGAAGGCCAUGGUUCCGCUCCUGCAGAUCGGGCUGCUGCUCUUCUUUGCCAUCCUCAUGUUCGCCAUCAUUGGCCUCGAGUUCUACAUGGGCAAAUUCCACAAGGCCUGUUUCCCCAACAGCACAGAUGCAGAGCCAGUGGGCGACUUCCCCUGUGGCAAGGAGGCCCCCGCCCGGCUGUGCGAGGGCGACACAGAGUGCCGGGAGUACUGGCCGGGACCCAACUUCGGCAUCACCAACUUUGACAAUAUCCUGUUUGCCAUCCUGACGGUGUUCCAGUGCAUCACCAUGGAGGGCUGGACCGACAUCCUCUACAACACCAACGACGCGGCCGGCAACGCCUGGAACUGGCUGUACUUCAUCCCACUCAUCAUCAUCGGCUCCUUCUUCAUGCUCAACCUGGUGCUGGGCGUGCUCUCCGGAGAGUUUGCCAAGGAGCGUGAGCGGGUGGAGAACCGCCGGGCCUUCCUGAAGCUCCGCCGGCAGCAGCAGAUUGAGCGGGAGCUCAACGGGUACCUGGAAUGGAUCUUCAAGGCCGAGGAAGUCAUGCUGGCCGAGGAGGACAAGAAUGCCGAGGAGAAGUCCCCUCUGGAUGUGUUGAAGAGGGCGGCCGCCAAGAGGAGCCGAAGCGACCUGAUCCACGCAGAGGAGGGAGAGGACCGCUUUGCAGACCUCUGUGCCGUGGGGUCCCCCUUCGCCCGAGCCAGCCUCAAGAGCGGGAAGACGGAGAGCUCGUCCUACUUCCGCAGGAAGGAGAAGAUGUUCCGCUUCUUCAUCCGGCGCCUGGUGAAGGCGCAGAGCUUCUACUGGGCGGUGCUGUGCGUGGUGGCCCUGAACACGCUGUGCGUGGCCAUGGUGCACUACCACCAGCCCCAGCGCCUCACCACCGCGCUGUACUUUGCAGAGUUUGUUUUCCUGGGUCUCUUCCUCACAGAGAUGUCCCUCAAGAUGUACGGCCUGGGGCCCAGGAGCUACUUCCGGUCCUCCUUCAACUGCUUCGAUUUUGGGGUCGUCGUGGGGAGCAUCUUCGAGGUGGUCUGGGCGGCCAUCAAGCCGGGGACCUCCUUCGGGAUCAGCGUGCUGCGGGCCCUCCGGCUGCUGAGGAUCUUCAAAGUCACCAAGUACUGGAGCUCCCUGCGCAACCUGGUGGUGUCCCUGCUGAACUCCAUGAAGUCCAUCAUCAGCCUGCUGUUCCUGCUCUUCCUCUUCAUCGUGGUCUUCGCUCUGCUGGGCAUGCAGCUCUUCGGGGGACAGUUCAACUUCCAAGACGAGACUCCAACGACCAACUUUGACACCUUCCCUGCUGCCAUCCUCACUGUCUUCCAGAUCCUGACCGGGGAGGACUGGAACGCGGUGAUGUACCACGGCAUCGAGUCGCAGGGUGGAGUCAGCAAAGGCAUGUUCUCGUCCUUUUACUUCAUCGUCCUGACGCUGUUUGGAAACUACACACUGCUGAACGUCUUCCUGGCCAUUGCCGUGGACAACCUCGCCAACGCACAGGAGCUGACCAAGGACGAAGAGGAGAUGGAAGAAGCAGCCAAUCAGAAGCUUGCUCUGCAAAAGGCCAAAGAAGUGGCUGAAGUCAGCCCCAUGUCUGCCGCGAACAUCUCCAUUGCUGCCAGGCAGCAGAACUCGGCCAAGGCGCGCUCGGUGUGGGAGCAGCGGGCCAGCCAGCUGCGGCUGCAGAACCUGCGCGCCAGCUGCGAGGCGCUCUACAGCGAGAUGGACCCCGAGGAGCGGCUGCGCUUCGCCACCUCCCGCCACCUGCGGCCCGACAUGAAGACGCACCUGGACCGGCCGCUCGUGGUGGAGCCGGGCCGGGACGGCGCGCGGGGGCCCGCGGGGGGCAAGGCCCGGCCCGAGGGCACGGAGGCCGCCGAGGGCGCGGACCCGCCGCGCAGGCACCACCGGCACCGCGACAAGGACAAGGCCCCGGCCCCGGCCGGGGAGCAGGACCGGGCGGAAGGCGGGGAGCCCGGGGCCCGGGAGGAGCGGCCGCGGCCGCACCGCAGCCGCAGCAAGGAGGCCGCGGGCCCCCGGGAGGCCCGGAGCGAGCGCGCCCGCGGCCCGGGGCCCGACGGCGGCCGGCGCCACCACCGGCGCGGCUCCCCGGAGGAGGCGGCCGAGCGGGAGCCCCGGCGCCACCGCGCGCACCGGCACGCGCCGGAGCCCGGCAAGGAGGGCGCGGCGCCCGGGCCCAAGGGCGAGCGGCGGGCGCGGCACCGCGGCGGCGCCCGGGCCGGCCCGCGCGAGGCGGAGAGCGGAGAGGAGCCGGCGCGGCGGCACCGCGGGCGCCACAAGGCGCCGCCGGCACACGAGGAGGCCGAGAAGGAGGGCGAGGCGGAGGACAGGGACCAGGAGAAGGAGCUCCGGAACCACCAGCCCCAGGAGCCACACUGUGACCUGGAGGCCAGUGGGGUAAUGGGUGUGGGCCCUGUGCAUGCACUGCCCAGCACCUGUCUAGAGAAGGUGGAAGAACAGCCAGAGGAUGCAGAUAAUCAGCGGAACGUCAGUCGGAUGGGCAGUCAACCCUUGGAUCUGAGCACCACUGUGCAUAUCCCGGUGACGCUGACCGGCCCUCCCGGGGAGACCACUGUUGUCCCCAGUGGGAACGUGGACCUGGAAAGCCAAGCAGAAGGGAAGAAGGAGGUGGAAGCUGAUGACGUGAUGAGGAGUGGCCCCCGACCCAUUGUCCCGUACAGCUCCAUGUUCUGUCUGAGCCCCACCAACCUGCUCCGCCGCUUCUGCCAUUACAUUGUGACCAUGCGGUACUUUGAGGUGGUCAUUCUCGUGGUCAUCGCCCUGAGCAGCAUCGCCCUGGCUGCUGAGGACCCUGUGCAGACAGACUCGCCCAGGAACAACGUUCUGAAGUACAUGGACUACAUUUUCACAGGCGUCUUUACCUUCGAGAUGGUCAUAAAGAUGAUCGAUUUGGGACUGCUGCUGCACCCGGGUGCCUACUUCCGGGACCUGUGGAACAUUCUGGACUUCAUUGUGGUCAGUGGGGCCCUGGUGGCGUUUGCCUUCUCAGGCUCCAAAGGGAAAGACAUCAACACCAUCAAGUCGCUGAGGGUCCUGCGUGUGCUGCGGCCACUCAAGACCAUCAAGCGGCUGCCCAAGCUCAAGGCGGUGUUCGACUGCGUGGUGAACUCGCUCAAGAACGUCCUCAACAUCCUGAUCGUCUACAUGCUCUUCAUGUUCAUCUUCGCCGUCAUCGCCGUGCAGCUCUUCAAGGGGAAGUUCUUCUACUGCACGGACGAGUCCAAGGAGCUGGAGCGGGACUGCAGGGGCCAGUACCUGGAUUACGAGAAGGAGGAGGUGGAAGCCCAGCCCAGGCAGUGGAAGAAAUACGACUUCCACUACGACAACGUGCUCUGGGCCCUGCUGACCCUGUUCACGGUGUCCACGGGAGAAGGCUGGCCCACGGUCCUGAAGCACUCGGUGGACGCCACCUACGAGGAGCAGGGCCCCAGCCCCGGGUACCGCAUGGAGCUCUCCAUCUUCUACGUGGUCUACUUCGUCGUCUUCCCCUUCUUCUUUGUCAACAUCUUCGUGGCCUUGAUCAUCAUCACCUUCCAGGAGCAGGGGGACAAGGUCAUGUCGGAGUGCAGCCUGGAGAAGAACGAGAGGGCUUGCAUCGACUUCGCCAUCAGCGCCAAGCCCCUGACGCGGUACAUGCCCCAGAACAAGCAGUCGUUCCAGUACAAGACCUGGACGUUCGUGGUCUCGCCCCCCUUCGAGUACUUCAUCAUGGCCAUGAUCGCCCUCAACACCGUGGUGCUGAUGAUGAAGUUCUACGACGCGCCCUACGAGUAUGAGCUGAUGCUGAAGUGCCUGAACGUUGUGUUCACGUCCAUGUUCUCCAUGGAGUGCAUGCUCAAGAUCAUCGCCUUCGGGGUGCUGAACUAUUUCCGAGAUGCCUGGAACGUCUUCGACUUUGUCACUGUGUUGGGAAGUAUUACUGAUAUUUUAGUAACAGAGAUUGCGGAAACGAACAACUUCAUCAACCUCAGCUUCCUCCGCCUCUUCCGCGCUGCCCGGCUCAUCAAGCUGCUCCGCCAAGGCUAUACCAUCCGCAUCCUGCUGUGGACCUUCGUCCAGUCCUUCAAGGCCCUGCCCUACGUGUGCCUGCUCAUCGCCAUGCUGUUCUUCAUCUAUGCCAUCAUUGGCAUGCAGGUGUUUGGAAAUAUUGCCCUGGAUGACGACACCAGCAUCAACCGGCACAACAACUUUCGGACGUUUUUACAAGCCCUGAUGCUGCUGUUCAGGAGCGCCACUGGGGAGGCCUGGCAUGAGAUCAUGCUGUCCUGCCUCAGCAGCCGGGCCUGCGAUGAGCUCGCCAAUGCCACUGAGUGUGGGAGCGACUUCGCCUACUUCUACUUUGUCUCCUUCAUCUUCCUGUGCUCCUUUCUGAUGCUGAACCUCUUUGUGGCUGUGAUCAUGGACAAUUUUGAGUACCUUACACGGGACUCUUCCAUCCUGGGGCCUCACCACCUGGAUGAGUUCAUCCGGGUCUGGGCUGAGUAUGACCCGGCUGCGUGUGGGCGCAUCAGUUACAAUGACAUGUUUGAGAUGCUGAAACACAUGUCCCCACCCCUGGGGCUGGGGAAGAAAUGCCCUGCUCGAGUUGCAUACAAGCGCCUGGUUCGUAUGAACAUGCCCAUCUCCAACGAGGACAUGACCGUCCACUUCACGUCCACGCUGAUGGCCCUCAUCCGGACUGCACUGGAGAUCAAGCUGGCUCCAGCUGGCACGAAGCAGCAUCAGUGCGACGCGGAGUUGAGGAAGGAGAUUUCCUGCGUGUGGGCCAAUCUUCCCCAGAAGACUCUGGACUUACUGGUGCCACCCCAUAAACCCGACGAGAUGACCGUGGGGAAAGUGUAUGCAGCUCUGAUGAUCUUCGACUUCUACAAGCAGAACAAAACCACCAGAGACCAGAUUCACCAGGCUCCCGGGGGCCUGUCCCAGAUGGGCCCCGUGUCCCUGUUCCAUCCUCUGAAGGCCACGCUAGAGCAGACCCAGCCGCAGCCGGCCGUGCUCCGCGGAGCCCGCGUCUUCCUUCGGCAGAAGAGCUCGGCCUCCCUCAGCAACGGGGGUGCAGUUCAAACCCAAGAGAGUGGCAUCAAGGAAUCUGUUUCCUGGGGCACUCAGAGGACCCAGGAGGGGCCCCGCGAGGUGAGGCCGCCCCUGGAACGUGGCCAUUCCACAGAGAUCCCAGUGGUACAGACAGGAAAGCCGGCUGUGGAUGUCCAGAUACAGAGCAUGGCCCUGAGAGGCCCUGAUGGGGAGCCGCAACCCGGGCUGGAGAGCCAGGGCCGAGCAGCCUCCAUGCCUCGCCUGGCGGCAGAGACUCAGCCCGCCCCAGACGCCAGCCCCAUGAAGCGCUCCAUCUCCACGCUGGCGCCCCAGCGCCCCCAUGUGGCUCAUCUCUGCAACGCCACCCUGGACCGCGCUCCCGCCAGCCAGGCCGCCCCCCACCACCACCACCGCUGCCAUCGCCGCAGGGACAGGAAGCAGAGGUCCCUGGAGAAGGGGCCCGGCCUGUCUGCAGACACGGACGGAGCACCCAACAGCACCGCGGGGCCAGGGCCGCCCCCGGUGGACGGGCCAGCAGGCUGCCGGCGGGAGCGCAGGCAGGAGCGAGGCCGGUCCCAGGAGCGGAGGCAGCCCUCCUCCUCCUCCUCGGAGAAGCAGCGCUUCUAUUCCUGCGACCGCUUCGGGGGCCGUGAGCCCCCCCAGCCCAAACCCUCCCUCAGCAGCCACCCAACAUCGCCAACGGCUGGGCAGGAGCCAGGACCCCUGAGACAGGGUAGUGGUUCGGUGAAUGGGAGCCCCCUGCUGUCAACAUCUGGUGCUAGCACCCCUGGCCGCAGUGGGCGGAGGCAGCUCCCCCAGACCCCCCUGACCCCCCGUCCCAGCAUCACCUAUAAGACGGCCAACUCCUCACCCGUCCACUUUGCCGGGGCUCAGACCAGCCUCCCUGCCUUCUCCCCUGGCCGGCUUAGCCGUGGCCUUUCAGAACACAAUGCCCUGCUCCAGAGAGACCCCCUCAGCCAGCCCCUGGCCCCCAGCUCUCGAAUCGGCUCUGACCCUUACCUGGGGCAGCGUCUGGACAACGAGGCUGCCCGUGCCCAGCCUGAGGACAUGCUCACCUUCGAGGAGGCUGUGGCCACCAACUCGGGCCGCUCCUCCCGGACUUCCUACGUGUCUUCCUUGACCUCCCAGUCCCACCCCCUCCGCCGUGUGCCCAACGGCUACCACUGCACUCUGGGGCUCAGCUCGGGCAGCCGGGUGCGGCACAGCUACCACCACCCCGACCAAGACCACUGGUGCUAGCCGCACCGCCACCGCCACCGCCACGCACCCACGGGGGGCCCCUCCCAGGUGAUGAGUUUUAUCAUCUGCGCUGGGCAGGGUAGCAGCCCUGGGAGGAGGGCCUCGUCCAUCCUCCUUCACCUGGAUGGACCGGUUCCCUCUCUGUCUGCUCAAGUGCUGCCUCCCUGGGUCUCACAGCACAGACCCCACGCAGGACGCAGCUGUGUGUGCUGAGCGGGUCCCAGGAGCCUGAAUCCUGUGCGAAGGACCCAGCGUCUGGGGUGUGCGCUGGGAGCCUUUCUUAGGAGGCCCGAGUCUUGUAGGGAUCAUCCCUUAUCCAACCGAGUGGUACAGAGGAGUGGGCGAGACCUCAGGACAGAGUGGAUGGUAAACCGAGCAGGUCUCGCCAGCACCUCACACCCCCGUGUCAGCGGCGCACUUUGUACCUGCAAUGGCAAGACGCGCUGUCCUCUCCCAGACGCCAUCAGCCCUGACAGGGACCAAAUCUGGACAAUGUUCCUGCUGUUGGUUUUGGAUUUUAAUCACAACACCCUUCACUCUUUUGUCAAUUCUACAUUCUUGAUCCAAACAAGCAAAAACAGAGGAAUGGGGAAGGGAAUGUGACCAUAGCUGUAAACAAUCAAGCCGGUAGGAGGACCUCAGCUUUUCAGGAUGUGGGCGUGGCUUGCUCGAGGAGAUGCUCUGUCCAGUCUGGGCGGCCCACCCAGCUCCUGCUGCUCUCAACCAAGUGCCUGACUUCCGAGCCCCCUCACGCAGGCUCCCGAGGUGCAAUGGGAGGCCUGUGUGCAGAGUGGGACUGUGGGAACUGUUGCAAACAGCACCUGAGUAGAAGGCUGAUGUAAUGGAGAACACUCAGAAGACAUCCCAUAGGUGAAAGCCACGUGCCCCUUGCCCAUUUUCCUGGCUUAGUAGAGGCUGCAGGGCACAUGGAACUCGGCCCGCAGGGGCAGGUCUGCUCAGCAUCUGAGUCUCAGGGAGGGGUCCUGCCAGGCAGGGCGCAGGCUCUGUAUCUGUGCAAGUUUCUUUUCACAGAAGGCUCGAUGGGGAGAGGCUGGUGGGAAGGUGGGAGACCGGAAGGGCUGGGGCAGGAGGGCCCGAGUCUGAGCAGGUGAGGGCAGGUGGAACCAAACUGAGACGAGGCCGGAACUGGCAGGAGCGGUUCAGGGCAGCUCAGCUCUGGCUGCUGAGCUGGGGCGUCUUGAGCUCACACUGUUUGUGGCACAAGAAGCGGGAAAGCAGGCAGCAAGGUGAAGUCCAGCCUCAUGGCCACUUGCAGAAGGAAAAGGCCACAGGCAGGAUGGUGUACAUGAAACACUGGGAGACCCUUUGUUUUGUGGACAAAAGGAGCGUGUCCUCCGUGUUUUGAAACGUGAGACGGCCUCUGAUGGAUCGUCUGAGUGUUCCCGUUGGCUUUUACCCCAUGACUCUCUUUAGAGAAACUUGGUGUGUGCUGUGUGUGUGCGUGUCUGUGUGUCCCAGUGAGUGGAUGCCAUUAACCCAUAGGGCUAUGCAACAAAAGACACAUGUCUAAUAGAAGCGAAACACACAAGACCGCCACCUGUUGUAGGGUUUCAGCAUGAUUGUGACCAAACUAUUUUAUAGAAUUUCCUUACUCGAAGGCACAACACUCUGAAACUUUAGGAUAACAGAGUAUUUUACUCCAAUAGGAUAGAAUUACAAUUGGAAUCUCAGACUGUGCAUGUGAUCACUGGCUCCUACUGUAAAGCAGAAGGAUGUGUAUUUUGGUACCGAUGUUUUGUCCCUGGUACCCCUGCCCAUAUUAUUUUGAAUGUGUUCAUUCUGUGCAGAGAACGCUAGCUGCUUCCCAGGCCAUGUUGGGCAGAGAAUCCACUUUUCUAGACCCACACAGACUUGUUGGCACAUCUGGAUUCCUCUAGACACUUGAAUCGGUGAAAAUCACAGAGGGGGGAGGAGAUACUGUGUCUUGUUUUCCUGACUCUGGUUUUGUUUCUGUACUGUCUCUUCUCAGCUAUCAUGUUUCCCUGGAAAUCUCAUAGUGAGUUGCCAAACUUGAAAUGCAUCAACCAGUUGUCUGCAUCUGGAAUCAGUCAAGCAGUGGCUGUAGUUUGAACAAGUUAUGUGUGCAUGUAAAAUAUAUACAUAUAUACAUAUAUUCCAGUAUGUGCAUGAAAUGUAUAUCUUCGUACUUUUUUAUACAAUGUAUUCAUUUGUUAAUUUUUAAUUAUAUUUGAUAUCAAUCAAAGGUUUGUUGCAAAACUUUAUAUUUAAGAACAGUGUUAAAAAAAAAAGAGAAGUCCCAACCAUGCAACACAACUGGGACUUGCUUAAAAAAAAAAAUUCUGUGAUUGACUAGUUUGCUGCCUGAGUAAUAUUUAUCAGCCAAACUUUGGAUUCUGCUGUUGUUUCUACAAUGACAUUUUGUAUGAAGCAAAGUCCUUGGAUUAAAAUAAAACUUAGCAAAAAAUCAAAAACAAAACCCCA